AUCCAAAAUAAUAAAGAUCUCUCUCUCUCUCUCUCUCUAUAUAUAUAUACAUAUCUUUUUAACAGGCGAGUAAUAAGAGAAAUGCCCAAAAAAUAAAUAAACUCAACUGCAGGAGCACUGCAGCAGAAUAUAACUUUCUUUUUUCCUUCAUUUUUUCAUUCUUUUCUCUUUGUUUUUUUUCCUUCUUUUUUGCUAAAUAGAGUGUAAAUGAAUAUGAAUUGUACAAAUAUCAUUAUAAUACAGACAACAUUUAUUUGUUGGUUGGUUGCUCCAACCAUUAAGCAAUCAGUGCAAGAGAAUAUCUCUCCAUCUUCUUUCUUCAAUUCAUUGAUUCAUUCCGAUGGUGAAUACAUUGCCCUCUCUCGAUCUCACCCACCACUCCGAUUUCGACGCAUUAGCUUCAUCUCCAUCUGCGGCUACGGUUCCCUCCUCUCCGAGACAAGUGCCAGAAUCACUUUCCCCCGUCUCUUCAACUCCGUCGGACGCAUCUUUUCACUCACCGUGUUGCCAAUAUCAAAACUCAGGAAAUUGCCGGACUUUCUGUUGAACCAUGUGAUGGUGAAAUCGUUGUUGUAGCCGUUUUUGAGAUAAAGAAAACAUUUUUUAAGAGUCACCUUCGUCCUUGGCUUAAGCCUUA